AUGGAUAUUUUGAUUUUUUUCUUCGUUUUCUUUUCUUUCUUUGAGACUGACCUUUCUUUUUUUUCUUUAAUUCUUUUUUUCUAUUGUUUCUUUGGUUCUUUCUUUUCUUUCUUUAAUUCUUUUCUUUUCCAACUUUCUAGAAAAAAGUUUUCUUUCUUAAGAUUUUCUUUGAUUACACUUUCUUUCUUUCAUUUCAGCUUUGAUUCUUUCUUUCUUUUGAUUCAUUCUUUCACUUUCUUUCUUUCUUUUUACUUUCUUUCUUUCUUUCUUUCUUUUUUCUUUCUUUCUUUCUUUGAAAUUAAAAAAAAAAAUUUCUUUCUUUUGAUUCUUUCUUUUCUUUCUGGUUUUUUCUUUCUUUUCUUUCUUUUUUUGAGAUUUUCUUUCUUUCUUUGCACAGAUUGUUUAUUUCUUUGUAUCUUUGUUCUUUCUUUCUUUCUAGGCGUCUUUCUUUCUUUCUUUUCUUUGAUCGAAACCUUUCUUGAAUUCUUUCUUUUCUUUCUUUCUGAGAUUAUUUCUUUUAUUUGUUUGUUUGUUUCUUUGUUUGAUUCUUUUUACUUUCUUUCUUUCUUUGAUUUUUUGAAAGACCCUUUCUUUUUGAUUCCCUUUGACCAUUUCGCGCUUUCUUUCUUUUAUUCUUUCUUUCUUUCUUUCUUUCUUUCUUUCUUUCUUUCUUUGAUUCCAAGAGUUUCUUUUUUCUUUCUUUCUUUGAUUUUUUCUUUCUUUCUCUCUUUCUUUUUUUCUUUCUUUCUUCUGAAUUUGUUUUCCUACUGCUUUAUAUUAUAUUCUUUCUUUCUUUAUAUUUCAUUUCAAAUUCUUCUUUUCCUUUUUUUACUUUUUCUUUCUUUCUUCCCUUCUUUCUUUCUUUCUUUCCUUCUUUCUUUUCUUCUUUCUUUCUUUUCUUCUUUCUUUAAGUAUUCAUUUCAUACUGCAUUACAUUAUAUUAUUUUUUUUCUUUUUUCUUUCUUUUUCUUUCAAUCUUUUUUUUCUUUUUUGUGGCUUUCUGUAUUUGUUUUCUUCCAGCUUUACUUUAUUGACCUUUUCCUUUCUUUUUUCUUUAUAUUUCAGGACAUUUUUUUCAUAUUUCCCGAUACUUUCUUUAUUCAAUACUGA